UGCACUUGUGACACUCCGCUGUCAAAAGCAGGAAGUUCAGAAUGUGAAGUGUAUGCGGCGUCUCCCCCUCAUUGAUCUCAUCUCUUCCACCUUUCUGUUCAUUCGCGGUGACUCUCACCACAAGUAUCUGCGGCUGUCUCGCUUCUACAGUAUGAGGCACACGGCAUGCUAACCAAACUUUCUUGGGAACAAACUAAAUCCAGACACAAGCUACACUGAUGCUGAUGAUAAGUCCCAGAAUGGCCACAGGAAUGCAAGAGAAACAGUACACGCCAUCUCUGCUAAGUUUCUUCAUUUAUAACCCCUCGUUUGGACCGCGUGAGGGAGAGGAGGAGAAGAAGAUCUUGUUUUACCAUCCCUGUGAUGUGGAGAAGAAUGAGAAGAUCCGUAAUGUCGGCCUCUGUGAAGCCAUCGUACAGUUCACCAGAACAUUCUGUCCGACAAAACCAGCAAAAUCUCUGCACACACAGAAGAACAGACAGUUUUUCUUUGAGCCCGAAGACAAUUUCUGGAUAGUCAUGGUGGUUCGAAACCCAAUGAUAGAGAAACCAAACAAAGAUGGUAAACCUCCCACUAUAGAGUAUCAGGAAGAGGAAAUACUUGACACUGUUUAUGGUGCAGUGUUAAGGCAAUGCUACAGCAUGUACAAGCUCUUCAACGGCACGUUUGGCCGAGCGAUGGAGGCAGGCGGAGUGGAGCUGCUCACUCAGAAGCUCGAAAAGUUCUUCUACAGGUAUCUACAGACUCUCCACCUGCAGUCCUGUGACCUGCUCGAUGUGUUUGGUGGCAUCAGCUUCUUCCCACUGGACAAAAUGACCUAUCUGAAGAUCCAGUCGUUUGUCAACAGAGUAGAGGAGAGCCUCAGCCUGGUCAAAUACACAGCCUUCCUGUACAACGACCAGCUCAUCUGGAGUGGACUGGAACAGGAUGACAUGAGGAUCUUGUACAAGUACUUGACCACCUCACUGUUUCCCAGGCACUCUGAACCAGAGUUGGCGGGCAGGGACUCUCCUCUGAGGCCGGAGGUCGCUGGCAAUCUGUUGCAUUAUGGGAGGUUUCUGACAGGACCUGCCAAUCUUAAAGAUCCAGAGGCCAAAUUUCGAUUUCCCAAAAUAUUUGUCAACAAAGAGGACAGCUAUGAGGAGUUGCAUCUCAUUGUUUAUAAGGCGAUGAGUGCUGCAGCUUGUUUCAUGAUCAGUGCCUCGGUGGAGCUGACCAGGGAAUUCUGUGAGCAGCUGGACAGCUUGGUGGGCCCCCAGCUUACCUUGUUGGCAUCUGACAUAUGUGAACAGUUCAACAUUAACCGCAGGAUAUCAGGGCCAGACAAGGAGCCUCAGUUCAAGUUUAUCUACUUCAACCACAUGAAUCUGGCAGAGAAGAGCACCAUCCACAUGAGGAAAACAGCCAGUGUUUCCCUCACCUCCGUCCAUCCUGACCUCAUGAAGAUCCUGGGAGACAUCAAUUGUGACUUUGCCAGGGUCGAUGAAGAUGAAGAAAUCAUUGUAAAAGCGAUGACAGACUACUGGGUAGUCGGCAAGAAGUCAGACCAGAGAGAGUUGUACGUCAUUUUGAACCAGAAGAAUGCCAAUCUGAUCGAAGUAAACGAGGAAGUUAAGAGGCUUUGUGCGACGCAGUUCAACAAUAUAUUCUUCUUGGACUGAUGGAGGGAGGAAAGGACAACAACCAAGACUGUUUCACCACAUUAAAAACUGUCACUGCUGCAGGGUGUCAUGACAGAAUCAGCAAAAUGCAAUAAAUGCAUUGUAAAAAGACAAAAAGAAAAAGAAAAAGAAAAAAUUUACACCAUGUUUUCCCCAAGGUUUUUAUUUAACCGAUACAAAUUGUAAUUUUCUCUUGUAAUUACUUGUACAAAUCCAGAUUUUUACUGUACAUGUACUUAAUUUCUCUUUCUUUGUACAUACAUUGUCUUGUAGGAUGUUGCCAGCUGUUAAUUUUGCUUUCUUAUAAAUGACAUCAUUUGUUCAUGCUGUUUUUUUUUUUUUUUUUUUUUUUUUUUUAUGGAUACAUCCUGACAGUGUCUCAACAUUAAUUUAAAAAGAACUAUACACUCUUUUUUUCCCCUGUCAGGUUCCAUUGAUUAUCAGUAAUAGUUUUGAAAAAUGAUGUCACCAUGUCAGAAGUAUUGUGGUUUGUAAACAGCUGCCCUAACUUUAAAUAAAUUAAAAAGUUCUAAUUUUA